GGAGAAUAAACUGUCAAUAGCUCGAGCAAGCAGGUGCUUGCACUUGUGACGGCUUUAUGUCCCCGGCUGGUCGGUGUUAACGAACCAUAAUCUGGCUAACAAGCGAAUGGCGGUUAGCGGUUGAGACCAUGGCGAGGUAUGUUGACUGUUGCUGCUCACUGGGCUUUUUAUAGCUAGCUCAGUCCUGCUGGGCCGUUAACAGCUUGUUGGACCAUCGGGGGCAGCGCGCGACCUUGGGGACGUUGUCAUGGAUUUGACGCGGUUGGCUGUGGAUGCUGGUCAGUUCAUCAACCGGGCUGUUCAGUACACGGAGGAGAGUAUUGGCCAGGCGGACAAGACAGAGUUGGACCCUGGUCUGGAGCAGCUCCUGGCCCUGGCAGACGCCACCAAGACCUGCACGGACAAGAUAAUCUGCCAGACUGAGGUUUUACUGCAGCCUAACCCCGGAGCACGGCUAGAGGACCGGCUGUAUGAGCAUCUGGAUUGGAGCGUCCCAUCUCGGCCUCGUGCCCUCGAGGCUCUGGGAGAUCAAAUGACCCAGGCUGGGCUAGAGAUUGGGUCCACCACACCCUAUGGAGCCGCACUGCUAAGGUGUGGAGAAGUUCAGAAGCAGCUCAGCGAGGAAGAAAGAAAGUUAGUCCAAAGCACUAACAUCCACUUUCUCACCCCUCUGAGGAGUUUCACUGAGGGGGAAUUCAGAGCCAUACAGGAUGAGCGCAGGAUGUUAGUGAACAAGCGUUUGGACUUGGACAUAGCUAAAACUAGGCUGAGGAAAGCCCACGAGGCCGACCGAGAGGCCAGGAACCUGAAUGCAAACCCACUGGAUGAUGACUACUUGUCUCACGUCUCCUACAUGUUCAGCUUCCUGCGUGUUAAAUGGCUGAAGGUAUGGGCUCAGGAAAUCACUCAGGCAGAGAUGGAGCUCAGGAUCUGUCAGAGUCUGUUCGAUCGACAGACAGAAAUUACAAGACGGGCCCUGGAGGGAAUCAGCAACACUCACACCAACCACAUGCGGAGCCUGACUGACUUUGUGGAGGCUCAGGCAUGUUUCUUUGACCAGUGCAACCAACAUGCUCAGGAGCUUCAGAAACAGGUGGCCAGCAUUCCAGCUGUCCUCUGCUCCAAUAAUUGGCAGUCAGCAAUUACUAAUCAGCCAUCAACAAGCAACCAUGUAGCAAAUGAGCCCAUCGGGUUAAAUCAGGUCACUCCAAUGCCAGUAGUCGUCCAUCAACUUCCAGAGUUCGACCAGGACUCGUGGACUGCAAAUCCACCAACCGGAACUAAAAAAAUAACAACAGCUUCCUCCGCAACCACACAGCCACUGGACCAGACAAACAACAACAAUAACAACAGCAUCUGCUCAAGUGACAGCCAAGAAAUCAGGUACGGUUCAGCAGCCAAUCAAGCAUUUGAUGCCAAUCAAGCAAAUUCAGAUAGUCACUCAGUAGAUCAGGUCUCAGCACCAAACAGGACGGCCAGCACAUACGUGGCAACUGACAGAACGACUGCUGAAUCCCCAGCUUCAAGCCAGACAGAGACAUUCAGUUCCACAGCUGCAGUAAUCAAUGGUGCAGGUAGUGCAGUGCCAACAGCAUCCUCUCAGCCUUCACAGCCUAGUGGGACUGUGAAUGAGCCUCAGACAGCGAAUGCAGUGGCUUGUGAGACCAUGACAACCAGUGCUGUGGCUGAUGAGCCCCAAACAACUAAUGAGAUGGCUAAUGAGCAGCCCACCAUUAAUGGAGAUGGCCAGGAGUCAUCAUCCGCCAGUCAGGAUGUGGUUCAGUAGAGACUCAUAUCUGGUGGGGGAUGUGAUGGCAGGCCAAAUCAAGUCUUGACUUUAAUGGAGCUUCAGCUGAAUUAGACCAGUGGUAACUGACAUUGUAUAUCUGAGAAUACAGAUACACAAUCAUUAUAACAUGUGGUACAGUAAAAAGAAAUGUAAUUAAUCCCAUAGGGAAGAUGAUGUGAAGUGGUUGUAAAAGUGCUUAUUUUUCUAAACGUUAUGUAGUGCCACAAUCAUUUUAGCCUUUAGGAAUAUUCAUAUAUUAUUAAUGUUGUAUGAAAAUGAUGAAUGUUGAGUAUCAGUCCUGUCUUGUGGCAGUAGAUGUAAAGUUUCCUGGCCUCAGGCUGCAAGUCAAGGCCUGACUGUUAUAUUUGCAGCGUGUGAGUGCUGUGUGAUGUUGAUUUCAGUCAAUAUCUGUCAAACUAAAUCUUUAUUUUUACAUUUAGCAAAGUGAGAACUAACAAAAUGAAAGCUAAUCAAGCUUUGUGCCAAGUAU